AUGACUAAAGUGACACACACUGCCUACGACUGUAAAGAAGCAUUUGCAUACAUGGGACUCUUAAUUGACAAGACUACACCUUACAAUGUUGCUCGAGUGCUGGUACUUUUCAUAGGUCUCUUCAAUGGAUCCCUGAUAGAGUAUCUGUCUUGGGGCCCGGAAGUCAUCUAUCGCGAUUUGAAAUCUUUAGAACUUCUUCACUUCAUGCGGAACAUCGUUAUUGCACCCAUAACUGAAGAGAUUACCUACACCGCAUCUAUUUUGGGCCUAUAUGGUCCGUUUCUCCAUUCUCCUGCAGCCUCCAAAAUAAUAUAUCUGUCACCACUUCUGUUUGGGCUAGCUCACAUCACUCAUGCUUACGAUUGUUGGAGACAUGAGAAAGUGCCGAUGGCUGCCAUUUUCGCAUCGUUUCUGUUCCGUACGCUAUACACAACAUUCUUUGGAAUCCUUACAAAUCUCAUCUUCGUCAACUCGCAUUCGGUCUGGACCUGUGUGGCCGCACAUUGCUGGUGCAACUUCAUGACUUUCCCACUGUUUACAGUGGAGGGGCCUGUAUGGUGGCAAACACUCUACUACGCACUGUCGCUAGCAGGAAUCUGGUUUUUUGCCACAUACUUUAGCACAUUGACUACGUCUAACUGA